UCGUAUAAGUGACGUUUACAAACAAAUCUUUAUUUCGCCGACAUAACCUCUCAAGAAUAUGAAAUUAAAGUUUAUUAACAUAAUAUUGAUGAAGAGCUAAUCAAAAAAACGUAGUCAAUAAUGAUAUUUCAAAUUGUACUCAUAGUAAGCACUAUCAAGUGCUUAUUUAUUCCUCUUUACCACUCAACGGAUUUCGAGGUUCACAGAAACUGGUUAGCAAUAACACACAACCUCUCCAUCAGUGAAUGGUACUAUGACGCCACAUCAGAAUGGACUCUGGAUUAUCCUCCAUUCUUUGCUUGGCUGGAAUAUUCCUUAUCAUUUGUUGCAAAGUUGUUUGAUCCCCGGAUGUUGCAAUUGGAUAAUUUAAACUAUGCAUCGGAUAUGACUGUGAUAUUCCAAAGAUUAACUGUAAUUGUUUUAGAUUUGGUUUAUAUUGCUAGUGCUAAGAGUUGUGCAAAUCUUAUUAGUGAUGGUAAGCUGCUUGUGUUCAUUCUGCUAGUGUCUAACCCGGGGCUGCUGAUGGUAGAUCACAUACAUUUUCAAUACAAUGGAUUUUUAUAUGGUUUUCUUCUCUAUUCCAUGUCAAAUAUGAUAAGAGGUAAUUAUGUGUGUGCAGCGCUAUGGUUUGCAGUGCUGCUGAACUUAAAGCACAUUUACUUAUAUGUGGCGCCCGUGUAUGUUGUGCACUUGCUCAGAGCAUAUUGCUUCACCAUAUCAACAAACGAUGGUGUGCACACCCCAUGGUACUCCUUUUCCUUCAUGAAUUUGAUAAAAUUGGCAAUUACCGUCACUACAGUGUUUGCUCUAUCAUUUGGACCGUUUUUGAACCAUAUACCACAGAUCAUUUCAAGAUUGUUUCCAUUUAAAAGAGGCUUGUGCCACGCAUACUGGGCUCCUAAUUUCUGGGCACUCUACAAUUUUUCAGACAAGGUGCUGCAGCAUGCUCUACCGCGGGCAGGCAUAGCUGUGCCCAAGGUGGAGGCUUCAAUGACGGGUGGGCUGGUGCAAGAGUUUGACCACGUGGUGCUUCCAUCCAUAAAGCCCAUCCACACCGUGGCACUGACCGCCAUUUUCAUGAUACCAGCUCUGGUUAAACUUUGGCAUCUUGGAGCUGAUAGAAAGUACAGAACUGUUAGUUUUGUGAGAUGUCUGGUAUUAUGUGCUACUACGUCGUUCAUGUUCAGUUGGCAUGUUCACGAAAAGGCUAUCCUUUUAAUUUUGAUACCAUUAAGUUUCUUGUCAGUACUCGGAGAUGUUGACGGAAGACUGUUCCUUCUUCUGUCCCCCAUCGGACAUUACUCUUUAUUUCCUUUACUAUAUCCAAAAAGUCUUCUAACCAUCAAAAUAUUCAUAUUGUUAACUCAUAGCGCAAUAGCCUUUGGGAAUAUACCAAGAUUAUAUGAGCAGCCUGUAAAGCCCAAGAAGAAACCUCGACGUGGUUUCCUUCGCCUUCCUAUGUUGGGUCUUGUGGAAUCGUUGUACGUGUAUGGUUUAAUAAUACUGUGCGUUUACGAGAAUUUCAUUCAUACUAUGUGGGGUUUGGACAAAACUCUACCGUUUUUGCCUCUGAUGAUGACUUCGGUUUAUUGCGCUCUUGGAGUUGCGUAUUUCUGGAUUUCAUAUUAUUAUUAUUUCCUUUACUUUAACGUGAGCAGGGUACCAAUGUUAGGCACAGGGAACCUAACACAGUAUGCUAAGAAAAUAAACUAGGUUGUGUUAAUGAACAGGAAAAUCCUAUAGUAUCACCUAUUGGUAACUAUGUAAUUAAUAAUUAAAUAAGUAAUUGAAAUACAUUAUGACUUAUGAGCAAUGAAAAUGGGUUAGUUAAAAAAGUGAAUUUGCAUACACAGUGGCCAGUUUUGCUCAUAAGUGUAGUUAUGGAGUCUGUGUGAAUAUGGAGAUGAAUUUAAAAGUUUUAGAAUCUACAAGUCUUAAUAAUAUGAAUAACUAUAAUAUAUUCUUCGUAGUAGGCACAUGAUGGAAGUACUGUCAUGAAACUGAUUAAAUGUAAGUAACUAGUCCAAUUUAAAAUACAUUGUAGAAAACUAUUACCAAGAGAAUUGUAAUAAUAAGUGUUUAAGAAAUCAGGUUUUUUAACCAUAUAUCAAUGUUUUCUCGAACGCCUAGGUACUCAUGACUUUGUAACUAACGCAUUGUAUUAAUGCCUACAUGUAAUACUGUACAGAAUGUCCGAAGGUGUCUUGCUAUUUGAGUCAGUCUCGGUACAAAAAGUACUGAGGUUACGAAAAUACGAACGUUUCCGAGAAAAUACGAUGGAAAACAAUUACCUAUGCACUACAUCUGUAAGCCCUUUUUGGCUUAGCGUUGCUUGGGAGUGCUUGGGGAGUGCCAAUUAAAAUAAUAGUAAAUACAUUCUAAAACAAUAGUACCUAUUUAAUAACCUAUCACCGUUUUAAAAUUACCUACAGUUGGGUUGUCAGAUCGAAGUAAUUUAUUGAUUAAUUAGUGAUAAAUAAUUAUAAGAUAAGAAUUGUCUAAAAAAGCUUUACAAUUACAAUUAAGUACAGUCAACUGUAAAAAUAUGGGUGCACAAAUUAUCUAUUAUGUCAGCGAAUUAAGAACUAUGGGACAUAUUUUUAAUAAGUUGGCUACACCCAUAUUUUUACAGUUUUGACUGUACCUACUUAAAAUAAAAUGUACUUAAUGUUUUGAUUUUAUUAAAAGAGGCUUUGUCUUCUAAGGGUCACUUGCACCAUCCCAUUAACCCGGGGUUAAGCGGUUAAACCUUUAACCCAGAGUCAAAUUGUACUGGUAACCAUGGUAACUCCAGGUUUAACCGGUUAACCCCGGGUUAGUGGAAUGGUGCAAGUGGCGCUAAGUAGGUACCUAUACCAUUUUAUUAGUUAUAAUAUUUAAAACUUUCGCGUUUGAAGACAUAUUAAUUUACAUUUAUAGACGGGUCUAUCGCGAAUUGAUUUUAUUGCCUUUCCAAUUCUAAUUUUAGUUUCCUGUUCCGAACAAAAAAUGAGCGGAUUUCGGGUAAAAACAUGUGACCUAAAAGACACCUUCCUUAUAAUACCUACUGUGCCUAAGGUGAUUAAUGAUUAUGCAUUAAGAUAUGAAAAUC